AUGUCGAAGAGAAAGUUCGGAUUCGAAGGCUUCGGCAUAAACCGGCAAUCCACCUACAGCUUCGAGCGAUCCCAGGCUCCUCAGAGGCUCUACGUCCCUCCCUCCGCCCGUCACGGCCACGACAACUACGAGGACACCGACCUCGACAACAUCGACUACGACGACAACAACAACAACGAUGAAGGGAACAAGAACAACAACGACGACGAGGAAAUCGACCCUCUCGACGCCUUCAUGGAGGGGAUUCACGAGGAGAUGCGGGCGCCGCCUCCGCCCAAGCCAAAGGAGAAGACCGAGGACCGGUACCGGGACGACGACGACGACGACCCCAUGGAGAGCUUUCUGAAGGCGAAGAAGGAUUUAGGGCUGACUCUCGCGUCCGAGGCGCUGCACGCUGGGUACGAUUCCGAUGAGGAGGUUUAUGCUGCUGCCAAAGCCGUGGACGCUGGUAUGAUUGAGUAUGAUUCCGAUGAUAACCCUAUUGUUAUUGACAAGAAGAAAAUUGAGCCCAUUCCUGCUCUCGAUCACUCUUCCAUUGACUACGAGCCCUUCAAUAAGGAUUUUUACGAGGAGUCACCUUCAAUAUCAGGUAUGAGUGAGCAGGAUGUUAGUGAAUACCGGAAGAGUUUGGCUAUUCGUGUUUCUGGUUUUGAUGUUCCAAAGCCAAUAAAGGCUUUUGAGGACUGUGGGUUUCCAUCACAGAUUAUGAAUGCUAUAAAGAAACAAGGUUAUGAGAAGCCGACAUCUAUACAAUGUCAGGCUUUACCAGUUGUGCUUUCUGGCCGGGAUAUCAUUGGUAUAGCAAAAACUGGUUCUGGUAAGACAGCUUCUUUUGUGCUUCCUAUGAUUGUGCAUAUUAUGGAUCAGCCUGAGCUUCAAAAGGAGGAAGGGCCUAUAGGGGUGAUAUGUGCACCUACCAGAGAAUUGGCUCAUCAGAUAUAUCUGGAGGCCAAGAAAUUUGCAAAAGCGUAUGGAGUACGUGUCUCUGCUGUCUAUGGUGGAAUGUCAAAGCUUGAGCAGUUCAAAGAACUCAAGGCUGGAUGUGAGAUAGUUGUUGCUACCCCUGGCAGAUUGAUAGACAUGCUGAAGAUGAAGGCAUUGACAAUGACGAGAGCAACUUACCUGGUACUUGAUGAGGCUGAUCGGAUGUUUGAUCUUGGUUUUGAGCCUCAAGUAAGGUCCAUUGUUGGGCAGAUUAGGCCGGACCGCCAAACUUUACUCUUUUCUGCAACAAUGCCCCGUAAAGUUGAAAAGUUGGCUAGGGAAAUCCUUACUGAUCCUAUUAGAGUAAUUGUUGGAGAGGUGGGGAUGGCAAAUGAAGAUAUUACUCAAGUUGUUCAUGUGAUUCCUUCUGAUGCUGAAAAAUUACCUUGGCUUCUGGAAAAGCUAUCUGAAAUGAUUGAUCAAGGGGAUACCCUAGUUUUUGCUUCCAAAAAGGCCACUGUAGAUGAAAUUGAAUCACAGUUGGCUCAGAGAGGCUUUAAAGUUGCUGCCCUGCAUGGUGAUAAAGAUCAAGCUUCUCGGAUGGAUAUUUUGCAGAAGUUUAAAUCUGGUCUCUACCAUGUGCUCAUUGCAACUGAUGUUGCUGCCCGGGGUCUUGACAUCAAGUCAAUUAAGUCAGUGGUAAACUUUGAUAUUGCAAAAGAUAUGGACAUGCAUGUCCAUCGCAUUGGAAGAACAGGUCGUGCUGGUGACAAGGAUGGGGUUGCAUACACGCUUAUAACUCAGAAAGAAGCACGGUUUGCUGGUGAAUUGGUCAACAGUUUAGUUGCUGCUGGUCAGAAUGUGUCCGUGGAGUUGAUGGAUCUUGCUAUGAAGGAUGGGAGAUUCAGGUCGAAACGUGAUGCAAGAAAAGGAGGUGGGAAAAAAGGCAGAGGUAGAGGUGGUGGCGGAGGUGGCCGUGGUGUGCGAGGAGUGGAUUUUGGGUUGGGCAUCGGAUAUAAUCCUGAGUCAAACAACGCACCAUCUAACGCAGUUCCUAGUCGAUCUGCCGCUGUAAAUUCUCUGCGGACAGGAAUGAUGUCACAAUUUAGGAAUAACUUUGUUGCUGCUUCGUCAAACUCUCAGAAUGAAGGUUUUGGUAACAAUACAAGCAUGCCUGCCAAUAAGAGACCAGCACUCCCUGGUUUUGUAUCUGGUGGAUCAAUUGGUGGAGACGUAAAUACAUAUCAGCACACUGCCUCACCCAGUCCUGCUUCGUCAGCCGUAAAUUUCACCACUCAAGGUUCUGGAGUAAAUCCUGGCCAGAAGAGCAUUAAUAGUUCUAAACCCAAAGAGAGGCGGAGGCCAUCAGGUUGGGAUAGAUAG